UUUACUAAAGUGAUGGAAGCCAUCCAAAUUAUACCUAAAUAUGAUUUAGAUUUCAAAUUAGAAGUUCUUAAAACAAUUCACCGUGUUUUUAUUGCCCAUGAACCAGCACGUAACAUUUUUCGCAAAGUGGGCGGCUAUGUCAAUUUAAUCUAUAUGAUUGUGGCUCUGGAAGGCGCUUUUGAAGAUCCACAGCAGUUCUUUGCGUCUGCUGGUGAUAUACCACGAGAGGCUGAUGAUAACAACUUGCAAUGGCUAUUAGAAGACAGGAUUAUAUCGUUACUAGAGGGAAUAUUCUUUAUUUUAUCAGAAUCCAUGAGAGAACAUGAAAUCAAUAAGAAAGUUUUUCUGCAAGAUGUGGGAUAUGGUACUGUAGAAAAUGCAUUAAUAUUGACUGGUGCUUUCAAAAGAGAAGGUAUUCCAAGGAAGAUAUUUAAUGUCUUGUUCGCUUUUGGUCUUGACGAUAACUGGAAGUGCAACAAUGGAAAAAGUGGCGAAAAUACAGAUGUAGAAGGAACUUAUACAGCUAGUAACAGAUUGGAAAGUAUCAGAUCAAAUAUUGAGUCUUCUCUGUCGGUGAAUCUGGUCAAUCCAGAAGUAUUACCCACUAUUUUACACUUACAAAAAUUAGUAUCAACAUCAGAUCCUCAAUUAUCGGAGAGUAUACUUCGUAUCAUAUGUGCAUUAGCUCAAAGUUCUCGCGGCAACCAAGUAAAGAUAAACAGCUGUGGAUUGACCUUAGACCUGCUAAAACGAAUUUUUCCGGAGCAACAGGCUACGGAGCUUUUCCCAGUAAUUGAAUCGCAGGAAAGGGCGAUUCUUUUGCGCAUUACGAAGCGAGUAAUGGCUAUGGGUGUAAACCUUAAAGAUCUUCGUUAUAUAUUUCAAAGAUUCAAUGUUAACGAUGGCGAUAAAGCACUAGAAAGCUCACCUGGUUUAUUAGAUUUGUUAUUACACACCGCAUCACGUAGUAGAUGGCCGAACUUUUUACAAUUUGAUAAUGAUACAUCUACACAUUCCUCGUUAGAAAUACCACGACUAUCGGGCUUUCCGCCUCAAAGCCAAGGGUAUACUUUGCUCGCAUGGAUUCACCUUGAUCGUCAAGAUGGCGGGUCAAAUUUGUUGCUCUUUAGUUUGUGGGACAGUAAUGCUCAUCUGGCUUUUCGAAUUUAUAUUGAUUCUCAAACAAAAACUAUAAAAGUGUUCAAUCCCACAGCACACCACGAGGCCAAUUUCACUUCCUUUCAAUUUCAAACAGGAUAUUGGUAUCAUGUGGCUAUUGUUCACCACAAGUCCAGAUUAUCACUAAAGUCGAGCACAAUGAAUCUGUACAUCAAUGGCUCGUUUGUUUUGGGAAAAGAAACCAUAAAUUUGAUGUUUAAUCUAGGAGCUCGCUACAAAUCACUUUUCCAAGACUCUUUACAUCAAUAUCAAACGAAUGAGGCAACCACUGCAUUAAUUACAAGUUUUCGAACGACGGCAAAAUCCCACCGUCUUCGAAAGGAAUUAGCCCAUUCACCUCAUGCUUUUCUGAUAUCUUUAAAAGAUGGACACUUCCUUCAACAACAGGUAUCUGAAAAUAAGAUUCUCUUAGCCAUCUUUGCUAGCAAUUUCCUGAGUGAAGGAGCUCAAGCUGGCUUAAUAUCAACUAAAUUCAACAUGAUAACCGAAGUGACUAUUAAGGAUGAGAUUGAUAACGGCUCUAGAAUACUUCUCAAUUCGGCCAUUGCUAAAGUAGGCGUUGCCAUGCGCCAUUUGGAGUAUAUGGUACAUUUGAAAGGGAAUCCUCUUGUCGCUUAUCCGCUUGGUUUAGACGAGUCAAUAUGGAAUAUUGGCGGUUGUGGUAUCGCUUUAAAACUCGUUGAACUCUCCAAAACAAAAGAAAUGCUAUGUAAAUCAACAUCUAUCCUUUUUGAAUUGAUCAGAUAUUCAUGGCGUAACUCUAAAGACAUAGAGAGAUGUCAUGGGUAUGAAAUAUAUGCCUAUCUUCUAAAGUGUAAGCGAGACUUGAUUAGUACAGAAUUGCUCGACUUGAUACUGGUUUUCAUAGGCAAAAAUACUCAAGAAUUAGAGAAUUCCACAAUCAAUAACCCUUUAGCUUAUCGUUACAUUGUUCUUAAUUUUAACAUUUGGAAGAAAACACCCCUCGUAGUGCAAAAAACACAUCUAGAUCAAUUUAUACUUUUCUUUGAAACUAGUAAAGCGCGACAUUACAAUUCUAAACGAUUGCCCAAAAUUCAUCUUGUCAAAAAGUUCCUGUUGGCCUUAAGGAUGAACGUAUAUGCUAAGGAGCUCUAUUCCAGUCUCACCAAGUCUUUCAAAGCUAUUUUAUUGAUUAACUGGACGACAGAGAGUAUCAGAGCUGCUGCAGCGUUUCUAGCAUCUACUAUUCGUAAUAGUGAGUAUUCGUAUCUUGUGUCUUAUCAUUUACGAUGCUAA